UUCCCUGCCCCUCUGCCCCUUUCCCCCCAGAGCUGCCCGGGGUCCGGUCAUGAGCGCCCAGGAGCCCCCUCAAGGUCGUCGAUUCCCCAUUGAAGCCGGAGACUCCCCCAGCCUGGCCACGACCCCCGAGACCCAGGACACCCCAGAUCCCGUGGUCACGGAGAACGCCCCGCUCAGGCCGCUGCGACGCUGCCCGGGCUGCCACUGCCUGACGCUGCUGCACGUGCCCAUCGACGUGUACCUGGCAAUGGGCGGGAGCCCCCGGGCCCGUGCCACCUGAGUGUCCCCGCACAGAAGCACCGCCGAGUCGGGAGGAAGGACGGGUCGGCGCCGAGGCCCCGCAGCCUGCCGAGCACCAGACAAUGCUGCACAUUUUAAAAUAAAAGAA